ACGUUGGCAACAAUCAAAACAAAACGUCGUCAUUCUUCGGUCCGGUCGGUCAUUCCCGCAGAGCAAUCAUUCUCCAUUCAUCGCGGUUUGGAAACGGAAAACAGACGGACGGUUCUCGACGUCGCACCUUCAAGGCUGUGGAAAAAUCGAUUAUCCGGCUCGAAAAAUUCCGGUUGUGAAGUGAAUGAUUUUGGUGUUUCUGAUUGUUUGUGAUUGUCUGAAAGCAAGUGUUAAAAGUUAGGAAUCUAGAUUUUUCAGCUGCUGACUACGUUUUUCUCUACAUACAAAUUGGCUGGCAUUCUUCGGACUAUGCCACCAAUCGCUUGAUUCAUCAAAUCAAAAGAUUGAACUUCAAUGCCAUACAUUCUGAUACGCGGUAAUCUAGCUUCCUACAGCCACAAGUACCCGUUUCGAGUGCUGGUCUCGGGAUUGAAAGCGGCCGAUCUCGAGCAGCUGAACCGAUUUCCUUGCGGUGGAUACAGUGAUGAGUCUACGAUCGUCUAUCUGCAGCAUCCGUGUGUGAUAUUGACUGCACUAGAGGUACUAGGAUACCGCGUGGUCGCCUCGUCAUCGACUGCGGUCAAACAGGACUACAACGAGUAUAUGUGGACUAUGCGCAAGGAGUUUCACGAUCCGGAACCAUUCGCUAGUGAAACUUCGUCCGCCAUCGUCGAGCGUGAUAACCUGGCAAACUUUGACCGCGAGGUGAAUAACUACCCACCCAGCAAUAAGAUUGACGUACCGGAGUAG